GAUGUUUGCGUUACAUUCACGAGGUGUUAUCGACUCGCUAUCGGAUGUUUCAUCCAGUGAUGAUGAAAAUGAAAUUAAUAAAAGUAAAGUUAGCAGUUCGGAUGAUGAAAUAGCAGUUCCAUCUCAACGUUUCGCACCUGUCAGUUUGACAGAAGUUUUGAGAAAAAGAAACAAGGUUGCCAGAGUCCUUUAUAAUAGCAAUAAAGUAUUACCAAAAUACUGGAAGCGGAGAUACGAUCUUUUUGAACGGUUUGAUGAAGGUGUUCAGCUCGACGAAGAAUCAUGGUACAGCAUAACACCAGAAGCUAUUGCUCGUCACCAGGCGAAAACUUGUUCAUGUGAUUUACUCGUAGAUGCUUUUGCGGGUGUUGGAGGAAAUACUAUACAGUUUGCGCGCACUUGUCAACUUGCACCGGUCUACAAAUAGGACAUAUGACAAGCAUAAUCAAAACGUAAUACUUAUCUCAACGAAUUUAUAAUUUAUUCAAGUACUAUAUUCCUAACUAUCACUCCAUAUUUGAUUUCUACGAUUGGUUACUGUAUGUAUGGUCAAACAAGGUGAAUCAAUAUUUUGUCAAACAAUACCUAUCAAAAAUUUAAAGGAAAAACCAAAACACUAUUGAGUAUGCAUGUCCUAUCCUACUUAACGAGCUACAGUAUUACUUGAUAUCAUAUAUGUGACUUUGUAAAGUUCAACCCCGUCAUUGCUUUAAGUUGCCCUGAAACUUCAUUUAUUUCGUUUUCGUUCAAUUCUAGUUUUAGCCAUUGAAAACUGUUUUCCGCGAUUAUUAAUGCUCCAAAUUAAUGCACAAAUAUAUGGUGUUUUGUCAAACAUUAUGCUUGUUUGUGGAGACGUUGAAAAAAUUUUAAGUAGUUUAAGAAUUGUUCGAUUGUCGUCUACAAGUUUGACAACUGGUGAUGAUGAUAUAAGCGUGCGAACUUUAGAAAAUCAAUGUGAAAGUGAUCAUUUGAAAGUAACUUCUAUACGUUCACCUGAGAAUAACCGAAGUACAUUAUUAUCUGGAAAUGAUGAACAAUCUGCGGAUUUUUCGUCCGAAACAUCGAUUAAUAUAGAUGAUAAUAUUUUGAAACCCGACUUCAAUCUAUCUGAACAUCAGAGUUCAUCAUCACAUUUAUUAGCUAAUACAGAGACCACAUUAGAAGUGAACCCAGAGUUGAAUGAAAAUGGGACUUUAGAGAAGCCAACUAAUUCUACAUUUAACUCACUUAUCGAUAUCAUAUUCAUGUCACCACCUUGGGGUGGUCCUGAUUACAUUGGGAACAUUUUUCCACCUGGCUCGUCUAGUUGGAAUCAACGUAAACGGAAACAUUGGUUAUAUGAUUUGAAAGAAAUGGAACCUAUUAAAAAUCUUGAAGAUAUUCUCUUUCUUAAUAAAGCAUUAAAUAUUUCAAGACAUAUUUGUAACAAAAUCUUAAUAUAUCUACCAAGAAAUUCGUCUAUUGGUCAGUUGAUUCAAAUGAGUUGGCCAAUAGGUGAUAAUCAAGGGACUUGUGAAUAUAUUGCUGAUUGUUGUUCUUGUAAACAAUAUCUUAAUGUACAUAUUGAAACAUAUUGUUUACGUGGUAGACAAUUAGCUCUUGGUUUAUAUUUGGGAAGUUUUCCGUAUUUUGAGGAGAAUAUUGUAGUGUAAAAUAAACUUAUUUGAAUAA